AUGCUUCUGCACAUAGAAGAAAGGAAGCUUGUACAGCAGAAAAAGUUGACACGACCAGACGGCCUCCUCCACCUCUCAGCUGCGAAGUACCACUGUAUCAGAGUGUACCAUCGGCGAUGUGGCUGCAAGCAGCUUGACCUCCAGUGUACUGAUUUCUGUGGCUGUGACAACUGUGAGAACCAGAUUGUAAGUGUAACCGCCAACCAAGAAACCGGAGAUGAUGAGGAAGAUCAAGGAUCGAUUUCAAAACCAACUGGACGACCGAAGCCUAUCGUAUGGAUCGAUUCUGGAAUACAUGCUAGGGAAUGGAUAUCCCCGGCCACAAACCAAUACUUCAUUCAUCAGCUGUUGACCAAGUAUGCAGAGGACUCGCAAGUUCAGAACUUUGUGGAUCAGAUUGAGUGGCACAUCUUGCCUGUCGUCAAUCCAGAUGGAUAUGAAUACUCUCACACACGCAAUCGGAUGUGGCGGAAAUCGCGUUCUGGGCCUAUUCAUGGCUGCUAUGGUGUGGAUCUCAAUCGGAAUUACGAUUUCAAGUGGAUGGAGAUUGGUGCCAGCAGUCUUCCCUGCUCUGGGACAUUUGCUGGCCCAACACCAGAAUCCGACAUUGAGACGAGGAAUUUACGUGAUUACGUACUGCCUCUAGCCAAGGAUAUGAAAGCGUUCAUCACUAUACACUCCUACUCGCAGCUAUUUCUUACUCCAUGGGGCCACACCACAGAACUACCGUCGGACAACGAUGAUGUGCAUGGCUUAGGUGUGAAGGCAACAAAUGCAUUGACGGCAGUACAUGGUACAGAGUACAGAAGUCGAUCAGACGCUAAUACUU